UUGCUUACCGUCGUUACCAUAGUCACGAAUGGUCUGGAACUAAACAAGCCACAAUUUGGCGCGAAAUUCCGUGGAUACGUGUAGAAUAGGUUAUACACUGUGCUGGUGAUACGGCUGUACUAAAUUCAAGACUAGAAUAUCGUUAUGGCCAACAACCACUGUGCUACAAACGGAGAUCCCUCGAAAUGUAAUGGAGAAAAUGAUCUGGAGCAGCACCAGAGACAUGAGGAAUAUCAGUAUCUGGAUUUAAUACGAAGAAUCAUUUGUCAAGGCACAGAAAAAGGUGACCGCACUGGUGUUGGCACUCGUUCAAUCUUUGGACCCCAAAUGCGAUUUAGUCUCAGAGAUGGUGUCUUUCCAUUAUUGACUACAAAGACUGUGUUUUGGCGAGGUGUUGUCGAAGAACUUCUGUGGUUCAUCAAAGGAUCAACAGAUGCCAGAGAAUUAGCCAGCAGAGGUGUGAAUAUCUGGAACGCCAAUAGUACUAGAUCAUUUUUGGAUAAAUGUGGUUUUAUUGAUCGAGACGAGGGUGACUUAGGUCCAGUCUAUGGCUUUCAAUGGAGACAUUUUGGCGCACAGUACAAAGACAUGUAUACAGACUACACUGGGAAAGGUAUUGACCAACUUAUGGAUGUUGUGAACAAAUUGAAACAUGCUCGCAAUGAUCGACGUAUCAUGAUGUGUGCCUGGAAUCCUGCUGAUAUUCCAAAGAUGGCUCUACCACCCUGCCAUUGCUUGGUGCAAUUCUAUGUAGCUAGUGGAGAGUUAUCUUGUUUACUGUAUCAACGAAGUGCAGACAUGGGUCUUGGAGUGCCAUUUAACAUCGCCAGUUAUGCCCUUCUCACGUAUAUGUUGGCACAUGUCACAGGCUUGAAGCCUGGUGAAUUCGUUCAUACUAUGGGGGACUGUCAUGUCUACCUGAAUCACAUUGCUCCACUUCAAAAACAGAUUGAACGUAUACCGAAGCCAUUUCCCAAAUUGAAUAUUACCAGGCUAGUCCCAGAUAUCGAUCAAUUCAAGUCUGAGGAUUUCGAGCUUAUUGGAUACGAUCCACAUCCGAAGAUCCAAAUGGAUAUGGCUGUGUGAAAUGAAAUGAUCAGUCUAUCAGUUUCGUCAAAAUGAAGCUACGUCACGCCAAAUAUUUUUCCAUUUAUGCUUUUAUUGUGUAGGUAGUAGUUUGUUAUUGUGAUAAUUCAUAUUAUAUAUUUUAUAAUUCUUCAUGUAUACUUUAUAUCCUAUUAAAAAUUAUAUAUUCAAUAAA